AUGCACAGCGCGCAGAGGGAAGCCCAGGCCCCAGGCCACCGCGAGUGCCUCCUGCCCUCUGUGGCUCGCACCCCCUCUGUCACCCAGGUCACGCCAGCCAAGAAGAUCACCUUCCUCAAGCGCGGGGACCCCCGGUUUGCCGGGGUUCGCCUGGCUGUUCACCAGCGCGCCUUCAAGACCUUCAGCGCCCUUAUGGACGAGCUCUCCCAGCGUGUGCCCCUCUCCUUCGGGGUCCGCUCUGUCACCACGCCCCGGGGCCUGCACGGCCUCAGUGCCCUGGAGCAGCUAGAAGACGGUGGCUGCUACCUCUGCUCUGAUAAAAAGGCUCCCAAGACCCCCAGUGGGCCAGGCCGGCCCCAGGGAAGAAGCCCCUCUGCUCAGCGGUCUUGGGAUUGUGAAGGCCAGCGUGAGGCACCGGGAACAUCCUCUUCCUGGAAGGUGCCCAGGGCCCCAAGGAAGAUACUUCUGGUUAAGAACAGGGACCCUAGAGUCCAGCAGAUGGUGACUCUCAGUCAGAGAGAUACCAAGACCCUGGCGGCCUUUCUCAGCAAAGCCUCAGACGUUCUGCACUUUCCCGUGAAGCAGCUUUACACCAUGAGCGGAAGGAAGGUGGACUCCAUGCAGACUCUGCCACGUGGCACCUCUGUGCUGGUGUGUGCCAGCAAUGAGGCCUUCAGACCUCUGGCCGUAGAAGAUGCCAGAAAGAAUGGGACUGAAACUUUAGCUGGGCUGACUUCAAAGAACAAAACUGGGAGCUGGGGGCCAAAGGCCAAGCGGAGUGUGAUCCAUGCCCGGUCCAGGUCAGGCAGCAGGCCGCGGCAGUCUUCCUUGCUGUCGGAGCAGUCCAGGUUCAGUGACCCCCCAGCAUCCCUGGAUCCAGCCUGGGUGGGCCCUGUCCCCAACAGGCACCCUCAGGACACGCCCGCCCAGCUCAGCCCCUUGGUGGCCAGCGAUGACGUGAAGAAGAAGGUCCGUAUGAACGAGGAUGGCAGCCUGUCUGUGGAGAUGAAAGUCCGUUUCCACCUCUGUGGCCAGGACACGCUCCUGUGGUCCCGGAGGGUAGGGAAGGCCAGUGGAGAGGGCCCCGACCUGGGGGAGGCUGACCCCCUCUGCUGCGUGUGGGAGGGCCGCCCUGUGGGCUGCUCAGUGCCUGGGGUAUGGGGGCCGGGGCCCUGUGGGGAGGGGUGCGAGGAAGUCUGUGGCCACGGCAGGCCAUCACGGCCCGGAUAUGAGAUCUGGACGAACCCCUUGCACACAGCCCAGGGGAAGGGGCUGGCUUCUCGGAGGAAGUUGGGGCUGACCCAGCACCCCAGCUGCAGAGGCCCCUCAAGUCAAGGGGCCAUAUUCAGGGAGAGACCCCAGGAUAGCAUCAGCUCUCCCUCUAGCUCCAGUCACUCUGAGGGCUCGGAGCCAGACUCCUCUUGCUGUCCCAGGACCCCAGAGGGUGCAGUGGGCAGCAGUGGUCUCUCUGCCCAGAGCAGGGCCAGGAGGGAAGAUGACCCAUGCCUAGAGGCGGCAGGGCUGGGCAGCCGGGGUGCCAAAGGAGCUCUUUCUGACUCAUCAGCUGGUGCUAGGUCUCUCCAAGGGGCCAGUAAGUGGUGCAGGCAGCACCACAGCCACUCAGGCGAGGCAGGAGCUGUGACAUCCCAGAGGAAGUUCACCCAGGGAAGUGGCCCAGGUCCUCCCACUCAGAGUCCCUCAUCUUUAAAGAAUGAGGACCUACAGGCAGAGACAUGUGGGCAGGGCACUGGGUGCCGCCAUGCCAAGUGGGAGUCUGUGACAAGGCUGCCCCUGGCUCCAGGCCAUUCUGGUUCCUGGGACACAGAAGGAAGCUCUCCCACACUUCCCACCUGUGCCUCAGCCCAGCGGGGGACAACAAACCAGAGGACACAAGCUCUGUCCCUCCUCAACACCCCUGGCCUUGGCCGAGUGGCUCAGAGAGGCCAUACCAGGCAGUGUCACCACUGCCUGCUGAACUCACCUGCAGCCCAGCCAGCGUCAAGGCCUCCCAACCAAGGAAGGGCCUGCCCAGAACGGCCAGAGUCACAAGUUUCUGAAAGCUCCUCAAGCACCCAGAUACGGUCCUCCAGUUACCUGCGAGCCCUCUGCUCAGGCUCUCUGCACUCCCGGGACUUCUCCGGGGCCAGCAGUGCCACCAUCUCUCCUGCAAGCGAGUCAGACUACACUCCUGGUUCCUGCCACUGCGAUGUUCCUUCUGCUGGGUGGACAGGGGAAGCAGGGUCCAGGGCAGGCUCACCGCCUCCAUCUCCUCCCCACACACCCCAGUCCUGCUCUCAGGCUAGGGCUGGCAGCCAGCGGGAAGAGGCAGAGGACACCCCUGGGCCUUCCUCGACCUUGGCAUUGCAGAUCGGACAGCCUGAGAGAGGAGAACAGGGUUGUUGCUGCUCACAGAUUGGGGCACCCCCAGUCCAAGGGGUCCCCAGAGGUAACACACAGGCACUGUGGGCACCCUCCCCUGAGGCCCACUGGGCAGGCAGCAGGUACUGCCCCACCCCACCCAGGGAGAAGCGGCCUCCCAGCUGUAGUAGUGGCAGCUUCCACAGUGCUGCCCGGGGGCCAGCUGGGAGCCAGCAGGGGGAGGAGUCACCUGUAGUGGGGUGCAUGCUGACCCCAGGCCCCCAGGGGCCAUCCCAGGAGAAGACUGCUGUGAGUGGAGGAGGCCCAGAGGAGCGGGAGGUCUGUGGCGGCGUGACUCCGGGUGCUCUGCCCCAAGCCUCACCAGAUGCUGUGGUCCGAGAAUGGCUGGACAACAUCCCAGAGGAGCCUGUUCUCAUGAAAUAUGAGAUGGUGGAUGAGGCUGCAUGUGUGGCCGGGGAUGGCCCAGAGAGCCCCAAAGAGGACCCUGGGGGUGGCCGUUCUCUAGAAGGCCCAGGGGAGCUAGUUCAGGUCAGGCCCCAGCCCCCUGAAGGGGAUGCUGGUGAGAACCUAGAGGCAGUUGGGGCCCUCUUGGGGGCUGGAAGUACUGGCCUCCCAUCAGGAGAGGGUACUCCCCAAGGGGCAGCUCUGGGCAAAGAUCCCAAAGCCCCUGUGGAGGCCAGAGAGGGUGGAGGGGUGGCAGUGGGCUGCAGGGAGGGCCAGCGGGGGCUUCCCCCAAGGGUGUCAGCCUCCACACAGAUCCUGAAGGUGCUGAUGGGCUUCAAGCAGGGCCGGCCCAGCAGCCUGCCCGAAGUGUCUAGCCCAGUGGCCAAGAGGCUCAGCUACUCGGCCGGGGCCCUUGUCACCUGUCUGGCCAGGCUCCACUUCUUUGAUGAAGAUCUUGGAUCUCCUACUUGCAAAGUGAAGUUCACAGACUCUCCUCAGUACCAGGAGCUGCUCAGCAUCUCCCGGACUCUGUGGCCAGGGUGUGACCUUGGCCGAGGCCAGGCAGACUUGGGCCUCCAGGACCUGACGUGGAGCCAGGCUCUGCAGGGCCUUGGGUCCCAUGCCGUGACUGAGAACCUCACGCCAACAUCCUCCUCUGGUGUGGACCUCAGCAGUGGCUCGGGGGGGUCGGGGGAGAGCAACGUACCCUGUGCCAUGGACUGUACUCUGGGCCCCGAGAGGGGAGAGCUGCCACAGGAAACCUCCCACCAGAGGCCUGAUUCCAGAGCCUCAGAAGAAGCAGAGCGUCUGGGGCACCCACACGUGAGCUGCUCUCCAGCCUCCCCUAACUCGCCUGCCCUCAGCGAGGGUCGGGCCGAGAGAGAUGGUGGAGAGCUGGGCAGUGACCCGGGGCAGGUGGUUGGAAACACCACCCAGCAGGAAGGGGCACAUUUAGAGAAGAUUGGAGGAGAAAUAGAAAGACAAGAACUGCAAGAAGAAGGCACAGAGGAGGAAGGGCUUCCUGGAGAGGGCAGAGUGGGCAGCCAGGCCUGGGCGGGGGCCAGCUGCCUGGGCGGGGAAGGUGCCCCAGGGGAGGAGGCGGGGAAAGAGGAGGAAGAUGGAAGAGCCUCUGCCCCAGUGGGGAGGAGAGAGCAGCCCACAGAGCCCCCUGGUCAGCCCAGUGAGAGGGACCCAGAUGUCACUGGAGGUCAGAGUGGCCCUAGAUUUGAGCCUAGUUUGGAAAAGCUGCCUGAAGCAGCCAGGACAGGCCGGGAGCAAACCCAGGCCUUGCUGCCCCUGGGGGCCAGAGAAAGGAGCACCCGCAUGGGCGGCAGAGCACUGCUGGAUCCUGACCGCAUCUGGGUGUCCGCAAUGCUGAAAAAGAUGGAGAAGGCCUUCCUGGCUCACCUCACCAGCGCUGUGGCCGAGCUCCGGGCCCGCUGGAGCCUGCAGGACCACCCUCUGCUGGACCAGAUGGCAGCGGAGCUGCAGCAGGACGUGGGCCGGAGGCUCCAAGGCAGUACCCAGAGGGAGCUCCAGAAGAUCCAGAGCCGGGCCGGGAGGGGGGCCCUAGGACCCCCGAGGGAGGCCCUCAGGGGGGAGCUGUCCCUGAAGACUGAGCAGCGCAGGCGCUGCUUCCGGGACCUGCACAAGUUCUCAGUCUUCUCCCAGCGGACCCAAGGCCUGGGCACCCUCUCCCUGGAGGAUGGUGCAGCCCUAGAGACCCAACUGGGCAGGGAGGUUGAGGGGGAGGAGUUCUGUCCCUGUGAGGCCUGCAUGAAGAAGAAAGUGAGCCCUGUGUCCCCAAAGGGUAUGGUGGGCACAACCAGAGCACCCAUCAAAGAGGCCUUUGACCUGCAGCAAAUUCUGCAGAAGAGAGGAGGGCAUUCCGGUGGGGGUGCAGCUGAAGUGACCCCUGAGAAGACAGGGAUGGAGCAGCUUCAGGAGGACCCCUCGAGCCCCCAGCCCUCCCAGGGAGCUGAUGAUGGGCUGGCUCUGGGGCCUGGGGUGCAGGAGGAGGAGGAAGGGCAGGAGAGCCAGCGAUGCUGCAGAGAUGACUGUCCAGAGCCAGAGGGGGCAGAGGGGCCUGGCCUCAAGGAAGGUGGGGAAGAUGCCGCUGCUCAGAGGGGAGAAGGGAACGGCCUGGGGGCAGCAGAGAGGGAACAAGCUAGAAACCAGGGCCCAGGGGGCAAGGAUGGUUUGGAGGAUGAAGCCCCCACAGGAGUCACCACCACCACCAUCACCCUGACCCUCGGGGAGCUGAAGAUGUACAGUUAUCUCAGAUCUCGGUAUGCAUAA